GCGUUUCGACCCGUUUGGCAGGGUGAGGCGCCUGGUGAAGAUGGUGGCGCGCGCGGCGUGUGCCUUCCACCGUCUGCUCAAGUCUCAGCUCAGUGCACUGGCCGGUGACUCAUUGGUCUGGAGCCCUCACCCACCGGGUCCUUGACCCCGCGCCCGUCGGGCACCUGAUUCCCGGCAUGCCCCGCGCCCGAAAGGGCAACGCGCCCCGCAGAGGCGGCCAGCGCCGCGGAGGAGGUGCCCGGAGCAGUACCCAAGCUGACUCAGGUUCCAGCGAGGAUGAGGCAGCCAGUGAGGCUCGCAGCACCACCAGUGAAUGCCCCAGCCUCUUGAGCACCGCUGCAGAGGAAGGCCUUGGGGGGGAUGCCGUGGAUGAGCAGGGUCAGCAGGAAGACCUUGAGGAGAAGUUGAAGGAGUAUGUGGACUGCCUCACAGACAAGAGUGCCAAGACCCGGCAGGGUGCUCUUGAGAGCCUGCGCUUGGCCCUGGCAGCUCACCUACUUCCCGACUUCUUGCUGGAACGCUGCCUCACACUGGCUGAUGCCUUGGAAAAGUGCCUCAAGAAAGGGAAGGGCGAGGAACAGGCCCUGGCCGCUGCCGUGCUAGGUCUGCUGUGUGUGCAGCUGGGCCCUGGACCCAAGGGGGAGGAGUUAUUCCACAGCCUGCAGCCCCUGCUGGUCUCUGUGCUCACUGAUGGCACAGCUAGCCCUGCUGCCCGGCUCCACUGCGCUUCUGCUCUUGGCUUGGGCUGCUACGUGGCUGCUGCCGAUGUACAGGACCUGGUCUCUUGCCUCACCUGUCUGGAAGGUGUUUUCAGCCGGUCCUGUGGUGUGGGUGGCGCCACAGCUCCUAUGGUCCCUGCCAGCCUGCAUGGCCUGCUCUGUGCUGCCCUGCAGGCCUGGGCAUUGCUACUUACCAUCUGCCCCAGCACCCACAUCAGCCACAUCUUGGACAGGCAGCUGCCCCAGCUGCCCCAGCUCUUAUCCAGUGAAAGCGUGAACCUGCGGAUUGCUGCUGGAGAGACCAUCGCACUGCUCUUUGAACUGGCCCGGGACCUUGAGGAAGACUUCAUUUAUGAGGACAUGGAGGCCCUCUGCGGUGCGCUGCGCACUCUGGCCACCGAUAGCAACAAGUAUCGUGCCAAGGCUGACCGCCGGCGCCAGCGCUCGACCUUCCGCUCUGUGCUGCACUUUGUUGAGGGUGGUGAGUGUGAGGAAGAGACAGUCCGCUUUGGGCUCGAGGUGCUCUAUGUGGACAGCUGGGCUCGGCGCCGGAUCUACGCUGCCUUCAAGGAUGUGCUGGGUUCUGGCAUGCACCACCACCUCCAGAACAAUGAGCUACUCCGUGACAUCUUUGGCCUGGGCCCUGUGCUGGUACUGGAUGCCACUGCCCUGAAGGCCUGCAAAAUCUCACGUUUUGAGAAGCACCUGUACAACGCUGCUUCCUUCAAAGCCAGGACCAAGGCUCGCAGCCGUGUGCGGGACAAGCGGGCAGACAUCCUGUGAGGCAGGACCAGCUGAAGUGGAGACUGUCCACGUCCUUGCCUAUACUUUUAACAGAAGACAGUGCAAUACCUGGUACUUGCCAGGAAUUGUCACUUUAUUUUUUUAAUGACAAAACCAAAAACAGAGAUGAGUAUGGGAGGCUAGAGGCCAGGCCGUUUGGGACCCUGGCAAUUUGCCCCUGCACUCAGCCCUGUGGCUUCUUCCUGCCCUGUCUCAGGCCAGGCCAGCUGUGAGCCUGUCACAGGGCUGUGGGGCAGGCAGAAGAGGGCUGUGCCUUCCUUUCUCAGGUCUUGCUCCCCUGGGAUGAACCACUUCCAGGGGGUGGGAUCUGGACACAUGCCACUACAACAGGUGGGGAAGUGAGACUACCUGGAAUGGAUUUAUGUGCUGAUUUUUAAAGAGUAUUAGAGAUAAUUAAACAGUGCUCAGUCUUCUGUG